GAGAGAGAGAGAGAGAGAGAGAGUGUGAAAGUCAGCUGCGAUGGUGAUAUGUGGAUGAUGUAGGCUGAAGGAAUCACACUCGUUAGCGACUAUACAUGUGUAUGUAGGUUUUAGCCCAUAAACAUGGAUACAUGCUUACUAAUUCUUUGUGGUCUGCCUGCCUGUGGUAAAACAACUUUGGCUAAAAGACUGAAAGCAUCACCAGAGUUCAAAAGCAUCUAUCAUGUUGUUCAUCUUUCAUAUGAUGACUUAAUGCCAGACAAUAUUACUGCUUUCCUGACAGAAAAGCCCAACUUAGUGCAACAGGGAGCUGCAAAUUGGAAGAAAUAUCGGGAAGAUAUAGUACUUUGUGUUGAGAAUAUUCUCAAAACUUUCCCAAAUGGUAAAGCAGAAAUCCCUGUUAAUGUGUGCCCUGAUCUAUGGGCUAAAAUAAACAAUAGCUUCAUGCAGGACAUGAAAAAAGAAGAAUUUCACUUGUUGGUUAUCAUAGAUGAUAAUAUGUAUUAUCAAGGAAUGCGAUAUCCUUUCUAUCAGUUAGCCAGAAAGUAUAGUAUUGGGUUUUGUCAAGUUUAUCUUGAAUGCAACAUAGAAUUGGCAUUGAAAAGGAACAAUCAUAGGCCAAACCCCAUACCUGAGGAAGUGAUUCACACAAUGGCUUCAAAGUUUGAACCACCAUCACCAUCUGAAAGAAAUUGGGAAGUUCAUUCUCUGUACAUCAAGGAUCAGACUAUUUGUUGUUUAGAUGAUGUGUUGGCUUUGGUUGACAAUGCCAGACAAAACAAAGCAGCACCACUUUCAGAUAACGUGGAACUUCGGCAGAUAAGUCGUGUUAAAUGUUCCAUUAGCACUUUACAUCAGGCAGACCAAAUUCUGCGAAAGCUGGUUUCAGGGAAAAUGUCUGAUUUAGAUGUUGGGUUGUCUUGCAAGAAUAAGAAAGAGAUGUCAUGCGUUUAUCUACAAAUUCGUACCAGGCUUUAUUCAGAGCUAAAAUUAGGUUCACUGCUUAUUCCUGAAUCUAUUGAAAAUGUUACAGAUGCUUCAAAAAAUACAGAAAGUAAUUUAUAUCAGUGGCUGAAAGACAUAUUUGAAUCUAAUUGUAAUGAUUCAACAGUAAAUACAACUGAAAUCACUUGAGAGCAAAAAGUCAUAAAUUCAUCAUGUCUUCAUGCAGACAAGCUAAUCAAUUCUCUUUACUUGAGGACCACUCACUUUAGUGUGCAUUAGCUGAGAAUUUAAUAUCUUGAAAUUAACUAUUGCAUUUGGCUUUUGAUUAAACAACAAAAACAAAAAAACUAGCUGAAUACUACAAUAGUUUAUUUUGAAAUAUAGUUAUCUUAGAAAAAAUCCAGAAUGUCAAAGCUGGUUUAGGUAGUUAAUUCUUUAUCAACAGAUUGAACAGCCAGAUUCUACCAUUGCAUCUUAUUACCAGCCAUUCUAUUUGACAAGUUAAGUUCAUUCCAUAAGUAUCUUUGUUUACUUUGAUUGAUGGUAAUUUUAGCUGUUUUUCUUCUUUUUUUUUUAAUUUAAAAAUUUUUUUCACUCCUCUGUGGUUUCUAUUUCAAUGCUGCAUAAAUUGUCCAAACUGUCACUAUUUAUUACCAUCACUGUAUCUGACAUUUGAGGAGGAUGAAUUCAGUGAAAGUAAAUGAUAAUUGUCAAUAUUGACAGCUAGGGGAGUACAGAAGGAGUACUUGCCAAUCUGAUGAGGCCUCUCAAGAAUGAGGAGCCUAUCAGAUUGGCUUUGAGAUAGGCAAGAAAGCUAAGGUGAUAAGGAUGAGAGAGGUAGUAAUAGCAUUGGAGAGAGGUCAGGCAGGUCCUGUGACAUCCUUAGUAGGAGAGAUUCACUGCCAUCCUUGUUCAUACCAACAGCAUGGCAGAGUGAGAGUGAAAAGAAGAGAGUGAUUGAGAGAUGAGUGAUAAAGGCACUGAUGAUAGAGAUAUGGGUGUCAGAGGCAUGGUCGACAGUAGUACAAAUAAUAAGAGGAAUGAGAAGGUAUCAAAGAGGCUGAAUAUAUAUCUAUAACACAUGAAAAGAGAAGCCUUAUGAGUGGAUUUGGUAGGUGGAAACUGAAAGAAGCUCGUCAUAUGUGUGUGUGUGUGUGUAUAUAUGUUUGUAUGUCUGUGUUUGUUC